AGAGAAAGCCUCAAACGUUUGGUUGUUUUGCCAAAAACCACGGUCACAGGGGGCUUGCAAACUAACUGAUAACGAAAUAGCAAAUAAUAGAGAUACUAUCAGAGAAAUUAAAUCAGUUUUAUAUUCACAUCGGACAAGUGCUCAAGUGUCUUGUGAUUUUUUAUUAGCCAAAAAAAAUUAUACAAAAAUGCCUGCCCCCAAAACCUAUGAAAGACCUAAGGAUUUCAUUGAUCCUGGAAAACCAUCAAAAUGUCCAUGGAAGUUGGGCACCAAAGAGAAGACUGUACACACUCAGCGUGGCAUAGCUCAUCGCCAAAAGAUCACCCCAAAUAUUUUGGAGGUUAUUGGCUGCACACCUUUGGUCAAAUUGAACCACAUACCUAAGUCGGAGGGUAUCAAAUGUGAAAUGUAUGCCAAAUGUGAAUUCCUUAAUCCAGGUGGUUCAGUCAAAGAUCGCAUUGGCUAUCGCAUGGUUCAAGAUGCCGAAGAGAUGGGUCUUCUUAAACCCGGCUGCACCAUUAUCGAGCCUACAUCGGGUAACACAGGCAUUGGUUUGGCCAUGGCCUGUGCCGUCAAGGGCUACAAAUGUCUGAUUGUUAUGCCCGAAAAAAUGUCCAAUGAGAAAGUUUCAGCCCUACGUGCCCUAGGUGCCAAAAUCAUUCGUACACCCACAGAGGCUGCCUACGAUUCACCCGAGGGCUUGAUUUGUGUAGCCCAACGUCUGCAAAAAGAAAUUCCCGACUCCAUUGUUCUGGAUCAAUAUCGUAACGCAGGAAAUCCUUUGGCCCACUACGACGGCACUGCUGCCGAAAUCCUUUGGCAAUUGGACAAUAAGGUGGACAUGAUUGUCUGCAGCGCUGGUACUGCUGGAACUAUUUCGGGUGUUGCUCGUAAAAUUAAAGAGGAACUACCCUCAUGCCAAAUUGUUGGCGUUGAUCCGUACGGUUCGAUUUUGGCUCGUCCCAAAGAAUUGAACCAAUCUGAUGUACAAUUCUAUGAGGUGGAAGGUAUUGGAUAUGAUUUUAUACCCACAGUCAUGGAUCAUUCGGUGGUCGAUGUGUGGACAAAAAUCGGCGACAAGGACUGUUUCCCCAUGAGCCGCCGUUUGAAUGCCGAAGAAGGUUUGCUGUGUGGUGGCUCAUCUGGAGGUGCUAUGAGUGCGGCCCUGAAAUUCGCCAAAACCCUGAAGGAGGGUCAACGCUGUGUUGUCAUCUUACCCGAUGGCAUUCGCAAUUACAUGACCAAAUUCGUAUCGGACAACUGGAUGGAGGCACGCGACUUCAAGGAUGUCGUCAAUGAGCAUCAACACUGGUGGUGGAACAUUCCAAUCAAAGAUUUGAAAGUUGGUGCACCGAUAUCUGUGAAGUCGGAUGUGACAUUUUCGCAUGCCAUUGACGUUAUGAAAAAGAACAAUCUGAAUCAGAUUGCUAUGUUGGAUGAAGACGAUGGUUCCAUUUUGGGUACUGUGGGUCAGGAGACUUUGAUCAAUCAAAUGGUUAGCAUGAACCGCCAACCCAGUGACUUGGCUUUGAAGGCUAUCAACAAGCGCGUUAUUCGUAUGCCAUCCUCAGCCAUAUUGGGUAAAUUGGCGCGUGUUUUGGAAGUUGAUCCCAGUGUGUUAAUUGUUGACCAAGAAGAUGGAAAGGAUAUCUUUAAAGGUAUAGCCACAAAACUUGAUGUCAUGAGUUUCAUUGCCGCAGGAAAACAAACUCAGAAUGGUGUAAAUGGUAACCAUUAGAUAUGCAUGUGCAUACAAAUGCCUAAAUUAUGUAUGCAGACGUGUGUGCAUAAAUUGAAUGCACACAUGUUCAUCGUUGAUAUUUAACACAAAUUGUCCUACAUAAUAAUAAUUACAAUAAAGAAUUUUAUAUUAA